CUCCAACAGAAAUGGGUGCAGAAUGGAAACCGAGAGGUUGUGCUCAGAUGUUGGUGUUCCAGCUGCAGGAGCUGCUGCAGACUAGCUGGUGUUUUCUGAGGGAUAAAGGGGGCGUGUCUGUGUCCCAUACGGGUAUCUGCUUCGGAGAGCCUGAGCAGAGGCGGGAAAUGGCGCCUGGUAACGCAACGGUGUGUCAUUUGGAAGAAGACGGCCCUUGAACAGCAGAAAUACAGAAACACACGGAGCCGAUAGCGAAAACAAGCAGUGCAUCUGUUAUGGUCUAGCUGCCCUGAGUUUUACACACAGCGGGUCACUGUCAACCUUACAUGUGACGGCUAAAACAAUGAGGCUGAGAAUGCGUAAGGCGUCUCAGCACCAAAACCCAGCUCUGACAAACCGCACAUCCCGAACCAAGAGGAAGCAUUCAGAGGUAGAAGAUGACCCUCCUAGCAGCGAAGGGGGCGGAUUGUUCUCCACCAUCAAAAAGUUCAUCCGAGGAAACGCAGUCAAGUUCCAACAGGAAAGCCCAGCUAAGAAGACGCACCUCCACUGCGAUGUGGACAACAACAUUAUAACCUCCACGCCCCCAAACACUAACCCUUCCAGGAGGGCUGUGACCAGAGUAGACAAGAAAGAUUCCAUCAAUGGACAGGCAACAAAUCAUGAUAGGAAUAAGGAUAAGCCCAAUGGGGGUUUGGAGGAAACGACUGCUGUGGAGAUGACCACCAGCCCUCCAAGAACCACCCUACUCGGGACGAUCUUCUCUCCGGUUUUUAACUUCUUCUCACCAGCCAAAACGUCUUCAGGCUCAGAUUCCCCCGACCAGGCGUUGGAGGCCGAGGAGAUCGUCAAACAGCUGGACAUGGAGCAGGUGGUAGAGACGACCACAAGCACAGCUAUGUCCACACAGGAGCUGUGCUCCGCCACAAACUUCUACUCUAGUGUUUCUCCGCUGCCUCCUCUACGGCCGCCACACAUGCUGGACGCAUCUCCCACAGCAGAGAAGGGCGAGCUUGACGCUGAUGCUGAUCUUCCUCCUCUCACGGCUCCAGGUUCCCAUCCAGAAAUGACUUAUGUGGAGGUUCCUGCAGCUGCAGUACCACCAGAAGCAUCCUAUGAAGAAGACUGGGAAGUCUUUGACCCGUAUUUCUUCAUCAAACAUGUCCCACCAUUGACAGAAGAGCAGCUCACCCGUAAACCAGCCUUGCCUCUGAAGACACGCAGCACGCCUGAAUUCUCCCUGGUCUUAGACCUGGAUGAAACUUUGGUCCACUGCAGUUUAAAUGAGCUGGAGGAUGCAGCACUUACCUUCCCCGUCCUCUUUCAAGAUGUCAUUUAUCAGGUGUACGUGCGCCUGAGACCAUUCUUUAGAGAGUUUUUGGAGCGUAUGUCUCAAAUAUAUGAGAUCAUCCUUUUUACAGCCUCUAAAAAGGUUUAUGCAGACAAACUUCUCAACAUCUUGGAUCCCAGAAAGCAGCUUGUGAGACACAGGCUAUUUCGUGAACACUGUGUCUGUGUCCAAGGAAACUACAUCAAGGACCUCAACAUCUUAGGCAGAGAUCUCUCAAAGACCAUCAUCAUCGACAAUUCACCACAAGCCUUUGCAUAUCAGUUGUCCAAUGGGAUUCCUAUAGAGAGCUGGUUCAUGGAUAAGAAUGACAAUGAGCUGCUGAAGCUGGUGCCCUUCCUGGAGCAGUUGGUUGAGAUGAAUGAGGACGUGCGACCUCAUGUCCGGGAGAAGUUCCGUCUUCACGACCUGCUACCUCCCGAUUGAGCUCCAGAACCUCCCAACGGGACAACAUGAACAGACCUGAAAUCAACACGCGUGUAAAAAGCCUCUCUUUGGAUUACAAAACAUUACCAUUACUUUUGAGACUUUAGCGUCUUUUUUCUGUUUAAAAAAAACUUUUAAAACAUUUGGAGAGAGAGAAAAAAAAUCUGGGUGUAAUUUUGAUUUUGAAAGAAGGAAGAAGAAAAAAAGUCUGUAGAUAAAAUUACACACACUACGAACGAGCCCAGGUAGACCCGCCUUUCUACUCUCCAGCUGUGGAGCCCGAUUAUUGAACUCCACACUAAAAUCUGAAGUCAGUGCUGGUUUAGUGGAAGUGAACAUGCUACCAGUACAGAGGAACUCCACCCCGAACCCAAACCGACCCCUGGUGCUGGCAACCCUGACGAUGAAUGACACUCUGGUGGCUGCAGACCAUUUCAUCAGCAGGAAGGACCGGUCUGUGGAUCGUUCUGCAUGUGUGUGUUCCUCUGUUUACACACACACACACACACACACGCUGAUUUGAUGCUUGGGUAAACCUCUGUAGCUUUUAAAAAAUAAUAUGCAUUCCUCUGUAGCUCUGUUUCUAUUGUUGGUUGCCAUUUUUUCUGGUAAAACUGGUCUUUUUUAAGUUUCAACAGUGUUUUUAUGUUAAGACGCGUUCUGAAAAGGUCAUGAAAGGUUUAUUGAGCAGGAGUGCAGAGUAACGACAGUUCGUUACGUUGUCCGUGGAAACAGAAGAAUCGAGGACUUUUUAUAAGUACGUUGUUAAAGCGGCGCGAUGCUUCACUGUAGACUCAUUACUGCUCAACUGUUCGGAUGAACCAUCUUUGCUGUAAAUCUUACGUAUUGUAAAGGUUAGAGGGCAUUCAUUUUCAAAGUAACGUGUCAAACAAAGAAAAAAAAAACAUCAACUUCCUUUUAAUAAUAGCAUUUGAUUUCUUUGUCUGUAAUCAGUAUUGUCUUUUACUCCUGAUCAAGUAUUCUGGCUGAGUUGUGCUGUGUAACUGGAUGGCCUCGAUAAGUAGCGCCAUGAUUAAUGUUGCACAGCUUUACGGUGUUUUCUGACUAGUCAUGGUAGCAAUCUGGCUGUCCAGUUUACAUGUUCUGUUUACGCAGCUCAGAAAGGAAAACGUUUUCAGCCUCGACUCGAGCCAGAUUAGCUUUCUCCUCUGGAGGCCAGUUAAAUUGAAUGAAUUGGGAAACGUUUGGCUGUUUUUAGACCCAUUUUUAUUUAGUUAUAGAUGAAUAUGAUGAUGUAAUCAUCUUCCAGGAUAACCUGUUCGGUGGAGUUUGGUUUAUAUCCUUCAGAGCUGACGGGAAAACAGCUAGCCAGAGGGACGCUAGGGCUAAAGUGUGUUGCUGCACCACAAUACGCUUUAGCGCAAAUCAUUGCACCGCUAUCAGUUUGGCUUUACUCACCUAAUUUACAUGAAAUUCUUUAGGUUUUAUUUUGAAGUGUGAAUAUCUUCAGAACUGCUGGUGCUCCCAGUUUCAAAUUAACGAUGGCGUCAAUGGUUGAAGAACUUUUUCAGCCUCGGCUGCUUUGAAACUUAGGAGAUCUGAGCUGUUUGGCUUCAGCUCAAAUUCACUUCAGACUUGGCUGCUCUCAAACCAGCUGCAGGCUCAUUUGUCCUGCAGGCAAUAAAGACAGAUUUCCCAAAAUAGGACAUCUUGGAAAUUAUUUACAUCAUAUAAUAUGGUAAUUAAAACAUUUACACAAAAACAACAGCCAGAAUAACUCCACAAACCUGGAUUCAGAGGCCCGCCAGUACCUGGCUGAUGUCCAUCAACACCUUUUUUGGUGUAACUGAAAUAUUACGUCACAUCGAAUAUGAAAGUUUGGCUCGUCUUGUUGAACUUUUUGAGUUAGUGUUUAUAUAAAAGUGCUUUUUAUGAUGAAGCCAACAUGUGUGUGUUUGGUUGCCUGUACAGUGCCAUAUGAUUCUCCUUACAGCAGUUAUUCUGGUCCACCUUUAAAAAGCUCAAAUGGAGACAAUCAGACCAACUGACAUUGUAAAACAUUUGGUGUAAAGUUUCCAGAUAGGUCCUGCUCAUUAGUCAGCGGGUCGCUUUAGUUUUACGGUUAAAGUGAAUUCGCUACAGGUCAGAUUGUCUUUCAUGCAGAAUCUUUUGAGUUUGUGUGCUCAGACUAUGAAUGUAAAUUACAGAUGUGGUGAAGGCUCAAAUGUUUUUUAUUUUAAAUUUUAUUUUGCUUUGAUUUUAGCAUUAAAAAAAAAAAAGUACGGAUGGUCCCACCUUCAUGUCCCGCUGCACAUCGUGUAACAAUAACGCCAUUUUUAUGCAAACUUUACUGAUGUUGCCCCGGCUCAUCAGCUCCAUCUUUAGCAGGUUUUAGCCCUUUAAUUUCUUUUUAAGGACAACACAAUUUAGAAUUGGACAACUUUCAUUUUGUGAGCAAAUUUUUUUAAUGCGCUUCACCGGUUUAUUGUACACUGAGGGUUGUACAGUACAUGCAGCUUCUUGUUUAAAAAAAUCCUUAAAAUAAGGAAAAAAGUUUUUUGUAUUUCUGAUUUUUCAAAGGCAUGGCGUAUCUACUUUAAAUGUAUAAAUGAAGAUUUAAUGUUACAUCAAAUGCAGUGUGUUUUGUUUUAGUCUUUUUAUUUACAUAAGAGUAUCUGUAUGUUUAGCACAAUGUCACUAAACAGUUAAACUUAGCAUGGAAACAAAACGGCUUGCUUUCUGGGAAACUCGUGAAUUAAAUUUGGAUCAUGGCACUUUUUCUGCUGAA